GGCUCGACUGCUGCCGCUCUGUAUCACGAGAGCCUUCGCCGUCGGCGCUGGGCUCUAAAAUUGGUGAGGCCGUCGCGCUCCCCUCCCCGUGUUCGUCCGGCGGGUAGCAGUCCUGAGGUUGCCACCUUCUUAGCCAGAUAUUACUUAUGCAGGUGGGCCAGCUGGCUUGGUGUGAAGAUAUCGAAGAAGGAGAAGAAAGCUGGUGGUGAUAGGUGGAAGUCAUUGAGUGAGGAGCAAAUGACAUUGAUUAAAGCUCAGGCAGGGGUGAAAAACAACAUGAGGAGACUCAACACUAGCACCAUUUGGGAAGGAUCAAGCCAUGUAAUGCAUGUUAUCCUUUUUGCACUGCUUCUAUUUUUUCUGGUCUAUUUCUGGUCCAAAUUGUCACGAAGAUGAGUAUGCUUGAGAGUUCUGUCCUGCUCCACUGAGAUGUUGAGACGAGGUAACACCUGAAUGCUGGAUCUUGUAAAUGCUUGCAUUUGGUUCCAUCAUGAUGUAGCUAUCAUAAUUGAUUUACCUGUGUACAUGAAGUUUCUUGUAGAGGAAUGAAUUGUGAUUAAAAUAUUACUAGCA